UCUCACGACUUCUGAUUUCAUCCCUGAGAACCAACCUCAUAUGUGGCGCCCCAACGUCUCGGAAAAGGGCGGAAACCAGUGAAGUGUGAAAAGUGGUACACCAUGCCGAUGACAAGAAGCAGAGCGGCGAGCCUUACACGUAGGGAGGAGGAGCAAAAUGCCUCUCGACCGAGCACGCCAGCCGCGUCGUUUGAAAAUCUUCAAAAUGGCGACGACGCGUCCCUGCACCGAGUCGAAACAACAUUCACCCAAGAAAAUAUGACAUCGAUAAUCGCGUCGUUGCAGCGAUCCCAGACCGAAGCCUUUCGGGAAUUACUGCAAUCUGUUAGGGCCAAUUCGACAUUUUCCGUCCCGCCAGCCGAAGCUACACUUGCGCGUUGCACGGCGUCCUUCUCCGGCCGAAGCAAAGAGUCGGUAGAAGCCUUUAUCGACGCCAUAGAAGCAUAUUGCGAAUGUGCGCAAGUGUCGGACGCUAACAUUAUAAGAGGCCUGGCAUACCUCCUUAAAGAAGACGCCGCCACGUGGUGGCAAGGGAUAAAAGACACCUUAUCAACAUGGCGGCAGGCUAAAGAAAACCUAAUUAGUGCAUACGGAGACCGUCGCCCUCCACACCGAAUAUAUCUCGAAAUAUUCGGCAGUCCUCAGCAAAGCGAAAAUACAGAUAUUUUCGUCGCGCGAAUACGCGCCCUUCUUGCGAGGUUACCAAGGGGCGAUCUAUCUCUUUCCGCUCAAAUGGACAUCACCUACGCGCUUACGAGUAGCCGCAUCCGAGAAAGGCUCAGAAGAGAAGAAAUCGGCAGCUUCACGGAUUUUCUACGCCUCGCACGAGCGGUCGAGGACGCCUUCGACGAGGGACGGAGGCCCAGCUCGGGCCUGAAACCAGCACUGCAUGUGGCUCCCGCCUCGUCAUCUCCCGACGCCGUGUACCCGGUCCCGCGCGAGCCGGCCGUAGCAGGCCCUGCUCCCGUGCGUGCCGCUACUCGUCAGCAGCCUCCAUCAUCAGCUCCGGCGCGACACCCGCCCACGGCGCCGACCAGGGAGUUGCCCGCGCCCACGAAGAAGUCCCGGCCGAUGUGUGUUUACUGCAAACGCUACGGCCAUACGAGAGACCAGUGUCGUAAGUUGAUGACCCCAGGUGAGCCUCAAUAUUCUAAUAACUCUAACUUAGUACGAAACAGUGAAAAGAUAAGUGAGCAAAAUAACUCUUUCUAUUCUAUCGAUUCUCAUAAUUGCGUAUCCCAAAGCGAUCAUAACCUUAGUCCAAAUGUAAAGUGUUUAUGCACUAGAAACUCUAAGAACAAUAGUGAUUAUACCUAUAAUUAUAACAGUGGUAAAAAUAAGUGUUAUAACUCGAAAAAUGUAUGCUUUUCUAAAAGUUCAUUGACCUUACAAGACACUACAAAUGUAAGUGACAAUAAUUCUAAGUAUUUUAAGUCUUGUAUGGAGUGUAAUAAUAUUUUGUGUAAAAAUAAUGAAUGUUUUAUGAUAUCGUGCACUCCACAAAACACUUUAAACAUAAACGAGUGUAAUAAUGAUUUGUGUAAAAAUAAUAAUUACUGUUCUUGUAAUAAAAAUCAUAGUCUAGGAGCUGAUAGCUUAAAUAAUAUGCAACUAAAGUGUACACAAGAAAAUUUUUCGAAUAACUUUCUGUAUCACAAUAGUUCUUCUCCUCCUUCUUCCAAUUGUAACAUUCACGAUCAAAAGGACAAUAACUCAAAAAUUGUAAAUAAUGUAAAAAGUGUAUUUUCUAGCUGUAAGUGUGAGUGUGCUCGCGAGUACGACAGUGACAAUCCCCGUAACGGUCGCGAAUUACGACCGACUUUUAAAAUUAAAAUUUUAGGGUUUCACGGCACCGCGUUGAUUGACACGGCGGCAAAGCACUGUAUUGCCGGUCACUCGCUAUACACUCUCCUUCAAAGUCAGGGAUACCCUCUCCACCCGUCUACGCGUGAAGUUAAACUUGCUGACGGUGUUAUUCGCAUAAUGGAAGUUCUUACCACCACUUUAGAUGUGGCUUUAGAGUCAAAAGUUAUUACAAUGCCAUUCUUAAUUUUCCCGGAUUCCAUUAAUAAUGAAACCUUGCUCGGGAUAGACUUUAUCACCGCCGCAGGUGUUGUGAUAGAUUUCAGUAGGGAUAUUUGGUUUUUCGGUGCUGAUGGUGGUAACGUAAAAUAUAAUCUGUGUUUUGAACCAACCUCUCGUACCGUGUCGUGUGCAUCCACAGCUGUUGUUCUCCGAGAGGACGAAGGUGCCCAUCUCACGCCAGCUGAACGGCAGGCGCUCGCCGACGUCAUCAACAAGCACGCACAGGUAUUUGCAGCAGGGGGAGGUCCUACGCCGUAUGCAGUACAUAGAAUUGACACAGGUGAGCACCAACCUAUUGCAGUACCUCCAUAUCGCCUCAACCCUUCCAAGAAGGAGCUGAUGAGGAAGGAAAUUGACAAAAUGCUAAAGGAAGACGUGAUAGAAGAAUGUGAAUCGGCUUGGUGCUCUCCGGCGCUCAUGGUACCAAAACCAAAUGGUUCUAUCCGUUUUUGCGUUGAUUACCGGCGCUUGAACGCAAUCACCAAAGCCGACACGUAUCCAAUGCCACGCAUUGACGAGCUGGUACAAAGCACGAAGCGAAACUGUUACAUGAGUACCUUAGAUUUGCGUUCUUCGUACUGGCAAAUCAGCGUACACGAGGCUGACAGAGACAAAACAGCUUUUGUAUGUCCUCUGGGCACAUUCCGUUUUAAAAGAAUGUCCUUUGGCCUUCGCAACGCGCCAGCUACGUUUCAGCGUUGUAUCGACCGUUUUCGGUCGUCUGCUGCAUUAAAAGAUGUUACACUUUUAGGGUACGUGGACGAUCUCCUAGUAAUCUCUGAAGGUUACCAGCGCCAUCUCUCGGACCUGGAGGCAGUAUUCAAGCGUUUGGCUGAAUUUAACCUACACGUCAACAGGGACAAGUGCCACUUUGCCAGAGAGAGCGUGAAAUAUCUCGGCCACGUCAUUACACAAGACGGCAUAUCCACUGACCCUGAUAAGUACACACCAGGGAAGGCGAAUGUCGUGGCAGACACACUUAGCAGACCGAUCUGUUCAAGCGAGUCCCGUGAAGACUGCGGCAUAUGCUCCGUUAUAUGUGAUCUGCCCACAAAGACUCCUAGCCAACUACGCUCUGAUCAAAUCGCAGAUUGUGAACUGGAAAAGAAUUUCAUACCUCUGUAUCAUCCGGAAUCAAAUCCUGCGGAGCGAAAGAACCGUGAUUUAAAGGCAAUGUUAGCUCACCUCGUGGAGGAAAACCACUCUUCGUGGCCGAAGAAGCUACCGGUUAUUCGUUUCGCUCUGAACUCUGCCAAGUGUCGCACAACGGGCAAGUCACCGGCGUAUCUCUCCUUUGGCAGGGAGAUGAGGUCCCCUUCAGAGCGAUCAGGGAACGCGUGGAAGAGCAGCAAGAUAAGACCAAACAGUACGCUGAUGCGGCACGUCGCCCAGCAGUGGAUCUGA